AUGGCGAUGAAGCAGCUGGUGCGACUAACGCUAGUAGCUGUGCUGGCAUGUCUGGCCUUGGCACCACCGGUACACGCGGACGAGCUGAUGGAUGAGUUGCUGAACGAUUUCGACGACGAAGACGAGGCGCUGCUGCGGCACAUUGAGGCCAAGCACGUAAGCCGCGAUUACGAACAGGAAGACCAGAUGGCCCGGGAACUCGCUGCCCGCAUUGCUGCCGAACACUACGGGCAUGAGGGACAGGAGGAAGAGGGUGCUAUGCUUGAUGGCCAAGCACCGCGCCUGAUCGACCCGUGCAAGGGCGUCCGGUGUGGUGCCGGCCGUGUCUGCAAGGCGAACAUUGAGGAGCAACGUGGUGAGUGCGUCUGCAUCCCCGAAUGUCCCGCCGAGACGGAUCCGCGCCGCAAGGUGUGCACCAACCGGAACGAAACCUGGGACUCGGCGUGCGAAGUGCACCGUCAGCGCUGCCUGUGUAACACGGCCGAUCCAGCCUGCCGGCACAUAGAGCUAAGCCAUGUACACAUCGACUACUACGGCACCUGUCGCGAGAUGCCCGAGUGUAGCGAGAACGAUCUGUCCGACUUCCCGCGCCGUAUGCGUGACUGGCUGUUCAACGUGAUGCACGACCUGGCGGUGCGCAACGAGCUGCCGGAGGCCUACAUGGAGCUGGAGCACGAGGCCGAAACAAACAUGACCAAGCGCUGGACGAACGCUGCGAUCUGGAAGUGGUGCGAGCUGGAUGGGCACCCGCACGACAAUACCGUCUCCCGGCACGAGCUGUUCCCGAUCCGGGCACCGCUGUUCGCACUCGAACACUGCAUUGCACCGUUCCUGGAAAGCUGUGACCCGAACCGGGACCACCGCAUCUCCCUGCAGGAGUGGGGCAAAUGUUUGGAGCUGGAGGAGGAAGAUUUGACGGCGCGUUGUGCGGAAAUUUCCAAGGAGGAGGACCAAAACUCGUCCGACCCCCACGAUGCAUUCGUUUAG